UGAUUUUUAUCUGUAAUGGUGGGAAUUGGGUUGUUUUCUUAGGGUUUACUUUUUAGCAUUUUUGUCUCUGUUCUUGUCUGUUUAUAUGGGAAGAUUUUGUUUUGUUUUUAUUAAAGCUACAUAAUUUCAUUAAUUCAAGGUCUUUAAAAGGGUUGGGUUAUAAGGUCAAUUUUGGAUACAGAGUUCUAAUAGGAAUUGGGGUUGGUGAAACUGGGUUUUUUCUUUUUGAUCUUUCAUCAUAUGUAUAUAUGUUGUUUCACCUGUUUUUAUUUGAUUGAUAUUUAAUCCACUUUCUGGAAUUCUGCAACCCUUUUUGCAGUUUGAUUCCAUGGGAUUUUGAUUGUUGUUUUCAAGUUGUUGGUAUUGUUGAAUCUUUUUUCGAGCAUGGAUUCGAAAAGUGGAGAAGAAGAUAGUGGUCUCAAGUCACCAAUGAAACCAGGUGUUGGAGAAAAUUCAAAGAUGAAGGGCAAUGGAAGCUUUAGCAGCAAAGACAUGAUCUUUCGAGCCGAUAAAAUCGAUUUGAAAAGCUUAGAUAUGCAGCUGGAGAAGCAUUUAAGCAGGGUUUGGUCUAGGAACAUUGAGAAGCAAAGGCCUAUGGAGGAAUGGGAGAUUGAUUUGGCUAAGUUGGAUUUAGGGAAUGUUGUAGCUCAUGGUACCUAUGGGACCGUCUAUCGCGCCACUUAUGACAAUCAAGAUGUUGCAGUUAAGCUGUUGGAUUGGGGCGAGGAUGGUAUUGCCACAACUGCAGAAACCACUGCUCUACGAGCAUCGUUUCGACAAGAGGUUACUGUUUGGCACAAGCUCAAUCAUCCUAAUGUUACAAAGUUUAUCGGGGCCUCAAUGGGAACUUCAAAUCUUAAGAUUCCUUCAAAAACUCCUUCAACCGAAAGUCAAAAUCCCCUUCCUUCUAAAGCAUGCUGUGUUGUUGUCGAGUAUCUCCCUGGUGGCACACUGAAACAAUACUUGAUAAGAAAUCGGCGGAAGAAACUCGUUUUUAAGGUUGUGGUCCAACUUGCACUGGACCUCUCCAGAGGUCUUAGCUACCUACACUCGAGAAAGAUUGUACACCGUGAUGUAAAGACAGAAAACAUGUUGCUAGAUGCUCACAGAAAUCUUAAAAUUGCAGAUUUCGGGGUUGCUCGUGUUGAAGCUCAGAAUCCACAGGACAUGACUGGUGAAACCGGUACUCUCGGCUACAUGGCCCCCGAGGUUCUUGAUGGUAAGCCCUACAAUAGAAGAUGUGAUGUCUACAGCUUUGGCAUUUGCCUGUGGGAAAUUUAUUGCUGUGAUAUGCCUUAUCCCGAUCUUAGCUUUGCCGACGUAUCAUCUGCAGUCGUUCGACAGAAUCUACGACCGGAUAUCCCGAGAUGCUGCCCGAGUUCUCUAGCAAACAUCAUGAGAAAAUGCUGGGACGCGAAUCCGGAGAAGCGUCCCGAAAUGGGCGAGGUGGUGAGAAUGCUCGAAGCCGUUAAUACAAGCAGAGGAGGGGGGAUGAUACCAGAUGACCAAACCCCAAGCUGCUUAUGCUUAGGCUCGAGUCGCGGUCCGUGACGUUUUUUAAAAAACCGGUCACAAAUGUCGAGAUUCGAACCGAAAUAAAUAUCAUCUCGUAAGAGUGGUUGCAUGAACCCUAAUAAAUACCAUUUUUUUAAAGAAAAAAAGGGGUUAUGGAUUAAACCUUUGAAUUCUCGAAUUCUAAAAUGGAAGUUUUUGA